CGUGCCCGGCGGUUCCCGGAAGUGCGUCACAGGCUCGGGCCUGUCUCCGUUGUCGGCCCGCUCGGAACUUCGGCGCGGCACAAACAGACCGGAGCGGCGGGCGGGGCCGUUUUUAAUGCGUGCCACAUACUGAAGACCCCUGAUUGUAUGUUGGGAGCUCUGACAAGCCCAUGCUUUUGGCAGUAAGCAUUGUAGCAGCUGUGAUGAGGCCAUUACUUCCUUGCCAGAGAGUUUGACCACAGAGAGUCGCCAAGAUAGCUGGGCCAGGAAGAAAACGUCGCACCCCUGACCCAGACUCCAUUACCGACCCCGGCGGGCUGUUUGUGUCCUCCAAACGGCUGAAAAUGUCCAGCAGCACAAAUGCCCCUGGCCAGAGGAGAGCGUCUCGGGGCUUGGAUGAUGCCACCAACAAGAAGAAGCAAAAAGAUCGAGCCAAUCAGGAAAGCAAGGAAGAGCUGCUGCUGGACUGGAAGCAGAAUGCCGAUGAGAUCAUUAUCAAGUUGAAUUUGGGCACUGGAGCUCUGAAGGCAGAGGAUGUACGUGCUGAUUUCACUGACACGGACUGUGUGGUCAGACUACCAGAUGGGCGCCAGUGGAGCUGUCAGUUCUAUGAGGAGAUCGAGGGCUCCUGCAGCAAGAUCCAGUGCAAGAAGGGCAACUUUCUACAGCUUGUGCUGCAGAAGAAGAUCCCACUCCAUAACUGGUCUUCACUUCUGAAGAAAAGGAAAGACGGAUCCAAAGAAGUGGCCAAAGGGGCUGCAUGCUGGGAGAACGGGAAGGAGAAGGCUGCUUCUGCAGAGUUGACCCCUGAAGAGCCAAGGGCUGAAGGCACAGAGCCACCAAGAUCCCGGCAGGAGCCCUCCAACCCCAAGCGUGCUCCGGGAAGAAGCGAGGUCCUGGGAGGAAAAAGCCCAGCCAGUCCAGGGACACAGAGUGGCCCCAGUGCCAAGCGGGCAGUAUACCUCAAAGUAGCUCCCACAGAAGAGGAGCCGAAUGCCAGGGUCACCGGGAGCACAGAGCCCAGCAAAGGGCACGGCGGGAGGGCCGGCAGCCGCCGCAAUGGCAGAGCCAGCCAGGUUGAUGCACCUGCAGCCCUUGCAGACCUUGCAUUGCCGCUCGAGAAGGCUGUGGUUUUGGCCAAAGAGACUGUUCCUGUGGAGAUGCCACCUCUCGCGGCUACCACAGAGGUGCUCCCGCACCGUGUUGCCACCUGUGUUGAGAAGAGAGUCCUGCAGCCAGGCAGCCCUACUGAGGCCUUGCGGAGCCGGGACUGCCUGCCCAUCCUGGGAGAGAGCUCUAAGGCCAUCCCAGUGGCCACCCCUCCCUUGGGCAGAGAUGGUGAGAAGAGGGACUGGUCCAAGGAUGACGUGGCUCUGGAAGCAGCAGCUGAUGAGCCAGAGCCUUUUGUAAGCCUGACCUUUGUCAAGAAUGACUCAUAUGAGAAGGGCAAUGAUCUGGUGGUGGUGCAUGUCUAUGUGAAGGAGAUCCACAAGGAGACAUCCAAGGUGUUGUUCCGGGAACAAGACUUCACACUAGUGUUCCAGACAAGUGAUACGAACUUCCUUCGUCUCCAUCCUGGCUGUGGGCCCCACACGGUGUUCCGGUGGCAGGUGAAGCUCAGGAACCUUAUUGAGCCGGACCAGUGCACGUACAACUUCACGGUGUCUCGCAUUGAUGUCUGCCUGAAGAAACGCCAGAGCCAGCGCUGGGGGGGGCUGGAGGCUCCAGCCACACGAGGUGCAGUGGGUGGUGCAAAGGUUGCCAUGCCUACAGGCCCUACCCCUCUGGAUAAGAACCCUCCGGGCAGUAACCAGCACCCCCUCUCCAGCAAGGAAGAGGCCCGAACCAGUGACAAAGAGAAGCCACGUGUGGAAGAUGGGGCUCUGGAUGGUGUGGCAGCCCGUACGGCCCCAGAGCACUUGGCAGUGAAGCAAGAGCCACACAUUCCUUCGCCCAAACCAACAUGUAUGGUGCCACCGAUGACACAUAGCCCAGUGAGUGCCGAGAGCGUGGAGGAUGAUGAGGAUGAGGAUGAGAAGAAGAAGGUCUGCCUGCCUGGCUUCACAGGUCUGGUGAACCUGGGCAACACCUGCUUCAUGAACAGUGUCAUCCAGUCCCUGUCCAACACCCGGGAGCUGCGUGACUACUUCCAUGAUCGGUCCUUUGAGUCAGAAAUCAAUUAUAACAACCCGCUGGGGACAGGUGGACGCCUGGCCAUCGGCUUUGCCAUGCUGCUCAGAGCACUGUGGAAGGGCACACACCAUGCCUUCCAGCCCUCUAAACUGAAGGCAAUUGUGGCCAGCAAGGCCAGCCAGUUCACUGGCUAUGCCCAGCAUGAUGCUCAGGAGUUCAUGGCCUUCCUGCUUGAUGGCCUGCACGAGGACCUCAACCGCAUCCAGAACAAGCCCUACACAGAGACUGUUGACUCGGAUGGGAGGCCUGAUGAGGUGGUAGCUGAGGAGGCUUGGCAACGACACAAGAUGAGGAAUGACUCAUUCAUAGUAGACCUCUUUCAGGGCCAGUACAAAUCCAAGCUUGUCUGCCCGAUGUGCUCCAAGGUGUCUAUUACCUUUGACCCCUUCCUGUACCUCCCCGUGCCCCUCCCACAGAAGCAAAAGGUGCUGACUGUCUACUACUUUGCAAAGGAGCCACACAAGAAACCCAUCAAGUUCCUCGUGAGUAUCAGCAAGGAGAACUCCAGUGCCAUGGAGGUACUUGACUCAGUUGCCCACAGUGUGCGUGUGAAACCAGAGAACCUGCGCCUGGCAGAGGUGAUCAAGAAUCAUUUCCACCGCAUGUUCCUGCCGUCAAACUCACUAGACACAGUCUCACCAACGGACCUGCUGCUUUGCUUUGAGGUGCUGUCCCCAGAGCUGGCCAAGGAGCGUGUGGUGGAGCUUCAGGUCCAGCAGCGUCCACAGGUGCCCAGUGGCCCUGUCGCCAAGUGUGCAGCCUGCCAGAAGAAGCAGCUGCCAGAGGAUGAGAAGCUCAAGCGCUGCACGAGGUGCUAUCGAGUUGGUUACUGCAACGUGGCAUGUCAGAAAACACACUGGCCAGACCACAAGGCUUCGUGCCGUCCUGAGAACAUCGGUUUCCCCUUCCUCAUCAGUGUGCCUGAGUCCCGCCUCACCUACGCCCGCCUGGCCCAGCUGCUGGAGGGUUACGCAAGGUACUCAGUCAGCGUGUUCCAGCCUCCGUUCCAGUUGGGCCGGAUGUCACCAGAGCAGGGGCUGCAGCCUCUGCACUCGGACAAGCUGGAGCCCCUGCCCAAGAGCAGCUGUGCAGCAGCCACCUCUGCCCCCGAGCAGGGAGAUGGGGACAGGGUUUCCAGUCUCCCUCAGGAGCCCCCACUCUCCCCAGCUGUGCCUGAGCUGCAGCCAGAGAUGGGGGAUACUACCACUGUCCGGAGCAAGGUCCUGACAGCUAGGAGUUCCCUCCUGAGCUUGGAUUCGGGGUUCUCUGAGCACAUGGAGUCGCAGGGUGACAGCUGCUGUGAGAAGGAGCCGUCCUAUGAGAGAGCCCUCAAGCCAGAAGCUGCCAUCCCUGGGUACCAGCACACUCCAGACUCACUGAGUGGCCGCGCCACACAGUUCUACAUCACUAAGAUUGACGCUGCCAACCGAGAGCACAAGCUGGAAGAUAAAGGUGACACCCCCCUGGAUCUGACAGACGACUGCUCUCUUGCCCUGGUCUGGAAGAACAAUGAGCGCCUCAAGGAAUUCGUGUUGGUAGAAUCCAAGGAGUUGGAGUGUGUGGAGGAUCCAGGCUCGGCCAGCGAAGCAGCCCGGGCUGGCCACUUCACCCUGGAGCAGUGCCUCAAUCUCUUCACGAAGCCUGAAGUCCUGGCCCCAGAGGAAGCGUGGUACUGCCCCAAGUGCAAGCAGCACCGCGAGGCUUCCAAGCAGCUGAUGCUGUGGCGGCUGCCCAACGUCCUCAUCAUCCAGCUCAAGCGCUUCUCCUUCCGCAGCUUUAUUUGGAGGGACAAGAUCAAUGACAUGGUGGACUUCCCUGUCCGGAGUCUGGACCUGAGCAAGUUCUGCAUUGGUCGGAAGGGUGAGCAGCAGCUGCCUAUGUAUGACCUGUAUGCUGUGAUCAACCACUAUGGAGGCAUGAUUGGAGGGCACUACACAGCAUAUGCCCGCCUGCCCAACGACAAGAACAGCCAGCGCAGCGACGUGGGCUGGCGGCUCUUUGACGACAGCACAGUCACCACCGUGGAUGAGAGCCAGGUGGUGACCAGAUACGCCUAUGUCCUCUUCUACCGCCGGAGGAACUCUCCUGUGGAGAGACCCCUGCCAGGGCAUCCCUCAGACCACCGCGCCGAGCGCACCCCCUCUGCCGAAGCUGCUGCCAGCCAGGCUUCUCUGAUCUGGCAGGAACUGGAGGCUGAAGAACAAGAGCUGCAGCUUGAGGCACCCCAAAGGCCUGCAAGAAAUUCUUGGAGGCCCUGUGGCCAGAAGCGAAAUCCGGGCACCCCUCAGCACCCAGAUGAAGGCUGCGUCAGAUACUUUGUCCUGGCCACCACAGCUGCAAUUGUGGCUCUCUUCCUGAACGUCUUCUACCCACUCAUUUACCAGCCCCGCUGGAGAUAGGCCCAGGCGCGUGGCCAGCUGCGGGAGCAGGGCCGCCAGGGCACGCGCCGUCCCAGGACGCUGUGAGACGAAGACAUGAGGCAGCAGGACAGAAAUCGCUGGGAAAGACUCGCCAAGGGAAACAUGGGGCUGUCGGCUCCUGUCUGUCUGCUCUGGCAUCUCCUGUGCCAGCUGGCAGGCCUGUGUGGCCAGCCUGCUACUUUGCCAAGGCACAGCCCAGAACCAGAAGCUCCUUUGCCCUUCCUUGCUGCCCACUGGGAGUGGGGCAGGCCUCAAGGCUUUCUGCUGCUCAAGAAUGGACAUUGCUGCUGCAGUGUUGCAGGGGCCUGAGAGCCCUGUGGGCACUUCAGCUAUCUCUGCUUGCUUAGCUCCCAAGAAGGAAGUGGAGACCUGCCGGGAGGCUGCAGCAAGGGCAGGAUGCCCUGACACGGGCCCUGGAUGGCCACCUCUCUCAGCUGUGCUGCUGCCGGAACCUUGAGCUCCCCUGUGGUUGGGACUACCUACGGUCCUUGGCCAGCCCAGUCUGCCCUGCUAGCCUUCUGCUGAGCCUUCUGGUGCCAGCUGCCUGUGCGCUGGGCAGCUGAGUGUGUGUGCUGCACUCCUGUGCUGGGGCUGGACAGGCUUGUCACCGAGGGCUUGUGUGCUUCCCUGCUCAGCCCCAGACAGUGCUGGGGAGCCUGGCAAUCCAGACUGAGGUGCCCAUGGUGAGCACCUAUCUCUGUGGGUCACUGCCUCCCACCAGUCCAUGGGGCUGUGUGCUGGCAGCAUCUGGGGGAGUUGGUCUCUUCAGGGCAGCGUGGUGCAGCACCUCAUUUACGAGGAUACAGCUGCCCAUGCUGCAGGAGAGGCAUGGGGUCAGGGAGCACAGGUAUGACCAUGGUGCGUUAAUAAAGCCAGGUUUUCCAAAGAAA